AUGACAUCAAAUAUUCUCAGAGGAUUAUGGAAUGAAUCGGAGGACGGACGACUUCGUUACCUCGUAAAGCAAUUCAGAAUCUGUCAUGAACAGGAUGAGCAGAUCUCUUGGGCAAGUAUCUCCUAUUACAUGGGAACACGAACGGCUAAACAAUGUAGAGAACGAUGGAUAAAUCAUUUGAAUGAAACCAUAGAUAAAUCUCCCUUGAGUGAGGAAGAGGAACGUUACAUAUUAACACUAAGUCGACUACAGCCUGAUUUAACUUACGUCCAAAUUUCCGAAAAAUUGCCCGGGAGAACUCCAUUAAUUGUCAAGAAUUUCAUUUACAGAGACAGAGCAAAAAAAGCUAAAUCCGCUUUGAGAAUAAGAAAGAAGAUGAGAUUGUCAAACAUGUUAAAUCCGAGAACUUAAAACGUUUUUUUCUUUUUUUUUU